UGCCAGAAUUUCAAUAGAAGAAGAAGGAACAGUUUUCACCGGGUUUCUAAAAUUCUACGUUACGUAGCUUUAUGCUGUUGACUAACUGCCCAUAACAUGAUUUGUAGUUUGCACAAAAAAACAUUCUAACUUACUUCGUGUUGGAUAUCUUAAGGAACAUUCGAAGCUGCCAAAGAAUUUCUAAUAAGGGUUUGACGCUGCCUAGUAAGUUAGCUUGCUAGUUAACAUGGCGUGCUAGCUUCAGAAGUCGCCUGUCAACACAUUAGCUUACAUGCUAACGUUAGCUGCUGCUUCGGUUCAUAGGGGAAAGUGUAAUUAAGUGUUUCUGCUAUUGUCAGACAAGGAGGAUGAAGGUAAAGAUCCGACAGUGGAACGGAGUGGCCUCUUGGUUAUGGGUGGCUAAUGACGAAAACUGUGGGAUCUGCAGGAUGCCCUUCAAUGGCUGCUGCCCAGACUGUAAAGUGCCUGGGGAUGACUGCCCACUGGUCUGGGGUCAGUGCUCUCACUGUUUCCACAUGCACUGCAUCUUGAAAUGGCUGAACUCACAGCAGGUCCAGCAGCAGUGCCCCAUGUGCCGACAGGAGUGGAAGUUCAAAGAAUGAACCUGUGGAGUAUGCCUGCAGAGACUCUUGUUGGGAUUUCAUUUUUAUAUUAGCUGUACAUAACUAUGUUUUUCUACUUCUCUAUUUGAUGUAACGCAAAGGACACUUGAAACCUACUGGAUUCCGUUUGCCGAUUUAGUAUGUGAUUAAAUGGAAGGGGAAAAAAAAACCUA